AUGAGUUUGGGAAAUGGUCAACUGGCGAGUUUCUGGUAUGACAAUUGGUCCCCAUUGGGUCAUCUGAUUAACCAUAUUGGUCCGUUGGGACCAAGAGCUCUGAGAAUAAGGAGUAAUGCAGUGGUAGCUGAUGCCAUAGUCAACUCCACAUGGUCGCUCCCACACCCACGUUCAGCGCAGGAAGUCGAGCUACACGCUCACCUAACCACUAUCCCUCUUCCCUUACAUACUGAUAUUGAUGAUACUUAUGAAUGUGUUGCAGGUGACUCUCCGGGGUGUGGCUUUAUCGCCUCCACUACAUGGGAAGUCUUGCGGCCUCGAGAUCAAGUUAAAGACUGGGUGGAUGUUGUCUGGUUCAAGGGGUCAGUACCCAAACAUGCCUUUACGAUGUGGACUGCAACCUGGGACAGGUUGCCAACGAGAGAGAGACUUGCUGCUUGGGGAAUGCCGAUUGCUACUACUUGCCCCCUUUGCGCAAGGGGUAAUGAAACAAGGGAUCAUCUGCUGCUGUCUUGUGAGUAUAGCCUACAAGUAUGGAGGGAGGUGUUCAUCAGGUGCACGGCUCCGUCGACCAUGUUUACAACUUGGUCGGAGCUCUUGUCUUGGAUUAGAGCGGCAGGAUCAAAGGAGUUGAAGCUACUGCGUAAAGUGGCUACACAAGCCUUCGUUUUUCACAUUUGGAAGCAAAGAAAUAAUCUGGUCCAUAAUCAGUUAUCCAUUCCUUCUUCAUCAGUCUUUGCUGGACUUGAUAGGGAAGUGCGAAACAUUAUUUCUGACAAGAGGAAGCGUAAAACGUUUAGUAAUCUCAUGUCUCUUUGGUUGAGAUAG